GUCUCAUUGCUUAGCAACAACAUAACAACAAAUAUAUUUUCAACAAGCAAUCAAUAUAAAUAAUUGGGUGUACCGUGAUAUCUUUAGAAGUAAAGCAACAAAUAGGAAAUCAAAUAUAUUUUAAAUAAAUUCGUUAUAAAAUGUUGUCUAUACCGGAGAGAGCAGCACAAAUUAUAGACACACAGGAGCAGCAAUUAGACGAAAUCAAUUCUCGGACUAUUUUCUUAGCAGGCAGUAAAAACGUGGGUAAAUCAACACUGCUUCAUAUGUUUUUGGAAAAAUUAGAAACUCCACGGAACACUCUUGUGUUAGAAUAUUCAUUUGGAAGAAAAACAAAUCUUAAGCAAGCAAUUGAUAAAAACGUGUGUCAUAUUUGGGAAUACGGUGGAAAAUUAGACAUGUUAAAGAAUGUUUUGCCUGUGCUGCCUAAAACGAAGAAUUACUAUUAUUGUAUAAUGGUUGAUCUGAGUAAACCGAAGACCUUAUUGCAAACCAUCGAAAUAUGUCUUCAUGCAAUUAAUGAAACACAAUCUAUAUCCGAUAACUGUGUAACAAAUUUGAUUAUUUUGUGUGGAAAAUAUGACCUGUUUAAGAAUUUUGAUACAGAAGCUAAAAAGAUUGUCUGCAGUACUCUUAGAAGUGUGGCACUACUUAAUGACGCGCAUUUAAUGUUUUAUUCAUCCAAAGAAUCGAUGUUAGUUAAACGAGCUAAAGACAUUUUUAACAGUAUUGGUUUUGAGAAUGGGAUUUCUAUCAAAGACAAACAAACAAAUCCUACAAAACCACUUUUUAUAAAUAAAGGGGCAGAUACCUGGGAAAAUAUUGGGGUGGCAAGAUCGACUUUCGAUGAGAUAAAGCAAAGGUAUUACUCUAAAAUACCUCUUGAUUCGUCGGGUGAUGUUACGACUGUUAAAACAGGACUAAAGAAGACGCACCCUGAGGCCGACAUCGAUAAACUCAUCGCUCUCAAGUACGAUGAAUUACGUGAAAUGGAAACACUCGAAAUCGACAUAAUGUCCAUUGUUGACUAUUUAUGUUAAAUAAGCCUAUGAAAAUAACGUAAAUUUAUAGUAAGAAUAGUAAAAAUAUAUAUACUUUCAAGUGAUUUAA